AGCCAGUCUUUACCCUUUUUCGAACACGCUGUUCUGUAUAUUGGUCGUUUUGGUUUCUUAAUCAUGAAGCUUAUUACUCUUGCACCGCUCCUUUUGAGUGGGCUACCGCUGGCUCUUUCCCAAAUUCCAUUAGGGCAAGAGAUGAAAUGCUCUCAAGCUGUGUGGACAGACAAAGCCUGGAAUGAUGCAAAGGAGGUCAUGGCCGGACGGGGUGAAUGCAUGUACUACAAGGGAUCGAGGGACCCUGAUCUCUCCGGGUGCGGAAAGGGAUGCGAAGGCGGCGUAGAAGCCGUCGGCUGCAUGGCAAAAUACGCCCAAGGUAUUGAGGAUCCCAAGGGUGAUUGCAUGUGGGGAGGCAACUGCAUAUGCCCCAAGGACGUCGAAUGGGUUGGAGAUCUUAUCGUCACCAUCGUCACUGCUUUGGGCGAGUUCUUCCAGAACAUUAUCAACGCAGUUGUUUGCUCCGGUAUCUUGGAUGCUAUCGUCAUGACUGUCGAUAUUGGUCUUUCUCUUAUCCCGGGUGGUGCGAUCGCUAGCACGGCGAUGCGUACUGGUAUCCGUAUUGCCAAAUCCAUCUCCGAAGCUGGAAGUGACAAGACGGCCUUUGAAGACUGGUUUGGUGCCCAAUGCGACGGCAAGAAGUCUGGUGUUGACCAGGUCUGGAAAGACUGGACCGGCGUGGGCGAUGACGUCCUUCCGUCGUUCCCCGGUGGAGAAUGCCUCAAGAGCGGAAAGAAGAAGAAGAACUGCAAGAAAGAGCCUAGCGAGGAAGACGACAAGAAGAAGGAACAGGAGGCCAAAGACAAGUGGGAGAAGGAGCACAACUCCAGCACCAAGAAGACCGAGUCUAAGACUUCUUCUUCCGUCUCAUCCACCAAGUCUGUUCCCAAGUCCACCUCUGCUUCCACAUCGUCCAAGGCUAGUUCCUCGUCGUCGUCAUCCAACAAGCCAUCCUCCACCAACGCAUCUUCCACGUCAAAGGUAUCUUCCUCUAGCAGUGCGUCUUCCUCCAAGGCUGCUUCUUCCACCGGUGCAUCUUCAUCAAAGGUCUCUUCCUCCACUGUUACCUCCUCCUCGAAGAUCUCCAGCGUAUCUGGAACUACUUCUGCCAAACCAUCCUCCUCGGGCGCCUCUUCCUCGUCCAAGGUAUCCUCAUCCAAUGUUUCCUCCUCAUCCAAGGUAUCCUCCACCGUGAAGUCCUCCAGCGCUUCCAAGACUGGAUCAGCUACAUCGUCCGCCGCUUCCUCCGAGCCCUCAGAGGAGCCCGAGAAGCCCGAAGCCCCCGUUUUCGUCGGUGCUAUCAAGAACUGCAUCAAGUGGCACGUGGUUGCCGCUGGUCAAGAUUGCGCUUCCACUGGCUUGUCUACACCCGAGCUCGUUGAGCUCAACACUGGUCUCGACAGCACCUGCGACAACUUGAUGGCCGGUAUUGCUUACUGCAUUGAGGCUGGUGUUGAAGAGGCAACCUCUGGCCUCGGUCUUUAAAUGCUUUCAUCGUCUGGAUUGAAGGGUUUGGGGACUGUUUGUUUUUAAUUUUUAUGUACCAAUACGACAUGAUUUGGGAUUGGUCAAUAGGUGCAGCUUCAUCUUGGGUUUUAUGUGGGUGGUUAUAAGACUUCAAUUCUUACUCAAUACUUUACACGAUAGCAUGUUAGAAUCUUAUUGAUAAGCAACUUCAACGCAUAGUUUAUUCUUUCUAUACAAUGUUUCUCCCAGUCAGUGACGCAAAUCAGCAAAAGCGUAACCUCAACAUGUGCGGUUUCUUGGGAUCUUGACUUCGAUGUUCUCUCACAUCAACAACUAGUCACUAUGCUUUCGUUGUCGUGCGUGGACUUUUGCGAAGGGCAAUUCGAUAUUCCUGCAUAGCUUCCACAAUACCAAAAGCCUCCAGCCGCACCAAUGUCUUGCUGAUGUGUGUGGUGCAUUCCCGAUAGAGGCAUGCGCUAACGAAAUGAUUGCUUGCAAUUCUUCCCCUAUGCUAUUCAAUAUCCUCAUCUGCAUCGGGUUCAAACAGAUUUUGCGCAUAGGGCGCUUCAAGGAUGUUGAAGUUCGAAGUUCGAAAGACUUCUCGCACGUGAUCGUCAAUCACGUGGUCUGAUAGCUCAACAUCAACAUUUCAAAUGUUGAAAAACUCGGUCCAGACGCUCAUAUCGAGUAUUUGCCACUUCGCUUCUGCGUGAGUAAUCGAAAACGGGUCUUCAAUUGGAUUUCAUCUCUCGUAUGCCUCUUGCACUCCACUUUGCAGACCUCGUGACUUUGCGAUGAUUCAUGCGCCCUUAUCCGUUACUCCAUUUUUCAACCAAUCUACCUCCCUUGUGGCGUUAAUGAUAACGUAGCACAAACAAUCGUCACUGAUCCAUCAUCUCCAAGUAUGACUCCUCCUUACAUCGCAAGGAGACAGGAUUGAUAGCAAUCCGUGCCCUGGCUCGCGUAGGUGCAGUGUGUAUACACAUGCUCACAUAUCACGCCGGAUACCGUGCCGAAGAUGCACGCGGAAGAACCCAUUAGCAAGAAAUAAAGUUUGCGGAUACGACAACGUGGGGGAUCCAACGUCGCGUAACAAUGAUAGCACGCACAGUGACAUUGAAACGCAGGCGCAGAUCCGCAUUCAUAUGCAUUCAGGGCCAUUGGUCUGAUGUCGGCAGUUUUCGGUAGAGCCCGCAGGAUCCGCAUAUCCUUGUUCUCCGUUGG